AUGGGCAAGUGGUUAGCAAUUGAGGAAAAGUACCAGCUUAUAGUCAAGCAUCGUAAUCAUCCUGGAUUAUCCCAAGUAAAGUUGGCUCAAUGGGCCUUGACUGCGUUUAACUUGGAACGUGCUCCAUCUGCCAACACGAUUAAAAAAAUUCUUCAAACAGCUCAAGAAAUUGAACAUAAACAUCGUCAGGGAAUCACAAAAAGAGGACGUAACGUUGUAAGUCCUGAGCUGGAGACGGCACUUGAAAGAUUUGUGGAAGUUUGUGGGGUUCAAGGCGUUCGUCUUUCUCGUAAAUUAUUGGUACAAAAAGCACAGGAGUUAUUGGCUGAGCUGCCACCUGCAAGGCGUCCAAAAUUGGGAUUGUCUGUGGGCUGGAUGACCAACUUUAUGACAAGACAUGGCCUCCGAUUCCGGCAAUUUCGACGUCGACGAGACGAUGACAAGAUGCUGACAGACGGUACAGGCGCAGAGGGAAUGGUGCAGAGAAAUGUGACAGAUGUGACGGACCAUUUAGCUCUAGCACGAGACAACCACGGGAGACAAAAUGUUCUUGUAGAUACUAUAGUUUGUGUGAAUACGAGCGAGACGGAAGGUAGACAAGAGAAUGUGAAGAAAAUAGUGCUGAUUACAGGUGCUAGUAGAGGUAUUGGAUUGACUUUUGUGAAGCAUUAUACGAAGGAAGGAUGGAAUGUGAUUGCUGCAGUGAGAAAUAUGGACAAAGCACAAGAGCUCAUAGCUGUAUGUCCAUGGAAGCUGGUCACUUUGGAUGUAGCGAAGCAGCAGUCGAUUGAAAGGAUGGCAAAUAUGCUUACCGGAGUUCAUGUUGAUCUUUUGAUUAACAAUGCCGGCGCGUCUGGACUCUUUAACUUGGAUGAGACGACAGUGGAGGACUGUUUACUUCAGUUUCAGGUGAAUGCCAUAGGUCCCUUGCUCGUGACACGCGCGCUGUUACCGAACUUGCGACUAGCGGUGAGUUUGAGAGGGUGCGCCUUUGUCGUCCAAAUUACUUCGCGUAUUGGCAGCAUCUCAGACAAUAGUUCUGGUGGGGCUUACGCGCAUCGUGCAUCGAAAGGUGCAUUAAAUGUGUUUACGAAGAGCUUGGCGAUCGACUUGGAACCGCAAAAUAUUGGAUGUUUGCUGCUGCAUCCAGGCAACGUAAAUACUGCGUACAACAAUUACAAUGGCGCUGUGGAGCCUGAGGAAAGCGUAGAGAGUAUGGCUCGUCUUAUCGCUCGUGCGAAAAUUGGAGAUCCGAUGCAGCUUCUUCACUUUGGUAAAGGAGAUAUUAUUGACUGGUAG